AUGUCGAUUAGCUGGGGAGCCCAAUAUCCGAAGCUGAAGACGAAUUUGCGGCUGGGAAUCAAUCGAUUGCAGCUGCUCGGCAAGAAAAAGACCGAGAUGGCGAUGAAGGCGAGAACCGAAAUUGCCGAUUAUAUUGCUGGUUAGUCGAACAAACGUUAUGUGAUUCAUUUGCCGAAUUUGACAAAAUUCGAGUGUCAAGCAUCCCCAGUGUCUUGUUGAAAAUCAGUCUUAUUCAAAUUUACAGCGAACAAGCCGGAUCGCGCGCGCAUCCGCGUGGAGCAUAUCAUCCGCGAAGACUAUGUCGUCGAGGCAUUCGAAAUACUCGAAAUGUACUGUGACCUGCUGCUCGCCCGUUUCGGUCUCAUCGAACAAAUGAAAACGUUGGACGACGGCAUCGCCGAAGCGGUCAUCAGCAUCAUGUGGGCUGCGCCGCGUCUUGCCACCGACAUUGCCGAGUUUAAGACAAUCAGCGAUCAACUGACCAUAAAGUACGGAAAACCGUUCGCCGAAGCGGCUCGCGCCAACCAACUCGAGUAUCCGGCUCGUGUGAAUCCCAAGAUUAUAUCAAAAUUAGGAGCACAAGCACCGCCCAAGUUGCUCGUCGAACGGUAUAUGAUUGAGAUUGCGGCGGCCGCAGGAGUGCCGUUCGUUCCGGAUCCGGAUGUGAUGCGGGAAGAUGAGGUGCAUCAGGCCGAACAGAUAUUGAUUGAUUUCAAGAAUGCCGGAGGACCUGCAGGACCACCACCACCGCCUCCUAGCGAUGUAAGAAAUCUUUCAUACUAUCUAUUCUCAUUUUUUUCAAUUGCAGACCCCUUACGGAGGAGGAGGAGGAGGUUCCAGCGGAAACGACGGAGGCGGCUACGGCUGGAAUGUUGAGCAUCCUCCUGGCGCCCCAGCUCCCAUCGGUGGCGGAGUUGCACCGUACGGCGCUCAGAUUGGCGGAGGUGUCGCACCGGCAACCAACUACAUCCCGCCGCCACCAACCCGUCAUCCGAAUGAAAUCCCGGCAGGUAAUUCUUCGAUUUCCAUACGCAUUCUCACGAUUUGUCCGUGGUUAGUGAGGUAGCUGGGUGGUAAAGUGAACGCUUGUGCAGAUAUUGUGAUUUCCCAAAAUCUGUACAUUAGCUAGCAAAGCAGAUUUCCCCGUGCGAAUCCGAAUGCGGCGCUUAUCUUUUUAUAGACGACGAGAACAUUUAUGAUCAUAUACCCGACGUGUCCGGUAUGUAAGUCUGUCCGCCUACGCCUCCUCUUCCGUUUUUGUCUUGUACAUGUCUCCCUGUUUUCGUGUAUGUGUCUUCAGUUGAAUUUCAAAGUUAUAUAUUCCGUUCGGUAGAAUUUUUCCGUGGCUUCUUUAGAUUAUAUCUUGAUCAGCUUUUCUAUUGUGUGAAAAAUGAUAAUGGCAGACAGGCACUUGAUUUUCGACGUUAAAAAUUUAUUAGAGCUUCAGUUUUUGAGUAAUUCGGAUGUGUUGGAAAAUAACCUUUUGCAACAAUACCUUGAAACAAUUAUUGUGAAUCGAGCUACUGCUAUCGGUGCCGCGGAUGUGUUGUUUUCCAAACAGGACAGGGCAAAAGGUCGGCCUAUACCAUUUGAAGGCCUGUCGAGGGCUGGACUUUUAACCAACUUGCAAUAAUCUGAUCGAAGCAAAACUUUGCAAGCUUCUUGAACUCCGAUUAGAGUAUUUUGGGUCGGAGUUUCAGACCAAUCGGACCAUUUACAUUAAAAAAUUUGAAGAUUUUUGGGGAUCUGCAAUAUGGCUUUUGUGAAGUGCCCUAACUUUGGGAAAAUUCAGCGUAUGUUUGUUUUCCGUUUUUUUUUCGCUUUUUUACAUCGCUGAAUUGAAUUUUUUGGCGUAAAAAAACGGAAACCAAAUCAAUUUUUCACAGCCUGAAUAACGCCAUUAGCUUUCCCUCCACCCUUCAAUGUUUGUGUUCUAUAUUUAUAUAAAUUUCCAUCGAUCGUACUCUUCUUACACUUUUUCACUUUCAGGUAACAACAUUUACGAGGUGCCGAGCCGUGAUCAUUACGAUUUCCCUCCCGACGCGUUCACCGCUGAGCCGCCAAAGUAAGCGAAGCUACAGUAUUCGUUCCUAACCCAAACAUUUUCUUUCUAGAACCAAUCCGACUGUGGGAGUAAUAAAUCUACCGAAGAUCGGGCCGAAUGGAAUGCCAAUCUAUCCGGGACAAGGAGUUCCGACGGCGAAAAGCUCUGCCGCUUCCACUUAUCCGGCUCUUUCGCAACGGGUGAGCUCGAGAAAAUAGGAAAAUUGGGAUUACUGUAAUGGGUUUUUGGGCGAAAAUCGGUGGAUAAUCGGAUAAUUGCUUUGUCUUUAUUUUGAUUCAUCCCGUUUUUCUUCGUCGUGCUGCUAGCCUCUCACCUAAAUCUUUAUAAAGGCCAGCUCGUCCUUAAUUCGACUAUAAAUCUUCUAAACUUUAAACUUCCUUGAAGAAGUUGGUAAAAGUGGGAAUGAUCAAAGUUCUGUCUAUUUUCUAUCUACGACGCUUCCCACUAUAACCUGACUCUGCUUUUAUUUUUCAUCCAUUCUCUCUUCCUCUUUUUUUCUGAAAAUAUCCCAGGGGACCGUUCGGUGUCGAGUGCUCGUUUCCAGAGUAGAGCUCAAAGCGCACACAUGAGGCAGAAGAGCACAGUUGUGUGAUUUUCUUGUCUUUUGACAAGUUUAUUCGAGCUCUGAAUGAGCAGUGGCCUUUUUACAUUCGAAAAGCUCAUGAAUGUUCGAAAAGUUUCAUUAGAAUCAUGACUCUUGUACGAAGACGAUGUUUCGUUCAAUCUAUCUCCCUUAUCCACAGAACUUUCUGGUCGUCUUAUGCCCACACUCCCCACUCGUUUCUCUGAAAAUGCAGCCAAGUCGCCACGUGAGAGGAUUUUGGAAACAAGCUUCCACUUGCAUCAUUUUUUUUCGUUCUCCACACAAUUCCUCUUGCUUUUCUCCCGAAGAGUUGCCCUCUCCUGGGAAUCGUCCACACACGAGUCUGCCAGAGGAAUGAAAAAUCGGGUAACGUGCAUUUUGGGAAAUGAAAAACUGCAACAAUCUGUUGUGAAGAAGAUUGAGCUUUUGACCUGGGUAGUGAGAAAUUCUAGUUUUGACAGACAUGUUUCAAAAUAUUAUUAGUUUCUUGACUACUAUGAUGGCACUACAGUUAUUCUCCACGAUUCCGUCAUUAUCGCUUCACAGUUUUUAGUUAUUGAAACUAGAUCGAUUGAUAGCAAAAUUUUACAAUUGGGUGUGGCACGGGCACACGCGUUAGCUGACAAUUUCAAAGAGCUGAGCUGUUGGGAAAAAACUGUAAAUCUACGAAAAUGUCCGUUUCCUUCUUCCCAAGCUUGUCUUUAUUUGCUGUGAUAGGGUUCAGCAACGCCCCGGAUCGGCUUGCUAUAAUUUGAUUUGUCUUGACACGUCGUUGGGCUCUGCUGGUGCUCCUUUCCAAUUUCUUCUAAAAAAGGAGGUUCUUCGUCUUCGUCUUCUUUUUCGCUCAACAAUAUCGAAUUGUCAUUCUGUAUCAUCAUCUUUUUUUCGUCGACUGCAAACACGCGCACACAAAAAACAAUUAGAGGCAAUUUUAUUAAAAAAUUCCGGCACCCCGCGUGUGUCAGAGCUAGAGUUGAGGAGAGGCAAAACAUGAUCAUAAAAAGGGAAUGCUUCGGCUUUCUGUUUGUGAAGGUUUUUUGAAAACAGGUCCCUUGCUAGUAGAGCCUGCAUCCCCACCUUGUUUCUAAUGAUUUUUCAAUAAAAAAUGAGCCCAAAAGUUAUAGGAGCCGUAAGAUCCAGUUACCGUUAAUCUUCAUGAAAAGCCUCCUAAGCUAUACUUAUUCACUUCGACUUCCAAUUUCCAUUUCAAUUUCCAGCCAUUGUGUGUUUUGUGCUUCUCUCUGUUUUAUUUUUCCAAGUGCACGGAGAAUACGUGGCUCCUCUCUCAUUUCCUGCUCUCUUCAUCUCACAUUCGUUUUCACCCCUUGGGACCAAUUUUCUGAGAACUUUUGCAUUGAGAUAGAUAGAAAUUGCCGACCACAACAAGCCCCUGGCUACUUUCGAAGAAUCUCGGCCAAUAUUGACUUGGAAGACUUCAAGAAGAAUUUAUAAAGCGUAAAAAUAGAUUAUGAUAUUCUGACCGUACCUGACUUCAUUAAUACUUGCUCAUCUUUGUGAUCUGUUGACGUUCUCAAGUGAAUUUGAAAGAUGAAAGUUAAAUAGUCAUGUUAAUUUUUCAGCAAGGAAAGUCAUAAUUUUUAAACAAAGUCCUGGUUUAACUUCAGGACCCCCUUACUGUCACUUGACGUGUAAACUACACGUCAAACGAAAAGAAGCUUCAGAAAAUCCUCAACCACUGUUUUAGUUUUUCAAUUACCGAAAAGCGAAUUCUCUGCCUACUUUUGCUCUUUCCGCCUGUCUUCCUCCCAUUCCUUCUCUUCCAUUUCGUCAGAUUGUUUUUGGUUGUUCCACUUCUCUUCGUCAUCUUCCUCUUCUGAUAGCCAAACUGAGUUAGCCUCUGCAGAAUGCUUCUUCUAACUCGUACCAAGACUCUGUCAGCUUCUGAUUCAUCUCGUAAAAAGUCGAAGUCAGUGAAGAGAUGCUCUUCUUGCAAGCGUCCAAACAGCACUCGCCGCUGCAAAACGCCCGAUCCGAACUCGGCGGCGGCCACUGCCGAAAGGGAGAAGAUUCGCACCCGUAGCGGAUCUUCGUCCAAAAAAGAGAAAAAGGUGGAUAUUGUAGGGGAAACAAAGUAUGAUAAUUAGAUAGUUUUAAAAAACUUUACAACAUUAUCUCAACUCAUUCUCCAUUUCCAGAAUUCUCUAGUGAAUCCGAACUUGCCGCCCACGCAUCCAUCAAACCAUCCGACUGCCCCACCUCAAUCGCUUCGCAAGCCGGACAUCGAUGACUUUUCCGGUAAUUCGUUUAAUUUUUCAAUUCAUUUGAUCAUCACAAAAUGCUCUCUCCUUUGACACUUCUAAAAUCCUCUAAUAUCCUUUUUCCUUUAGAUCUAUCUUUCCCGGAGCCACCUACCACAUUCAUCAGCGGCGGCGGCGGAAACAACAAGCCAGGAUCGGGAGGAUCUGGUGGUGGAGCCGGCGGCGGUGGAGGUGGAAGUGGCGGAGAUCUUGACUUCGACGACCUCGCUCGCCGCUUCGACGCACUCAAAAAGCUCAAGUAG